AUGAAUAACGUUGAAAAAGUUGAGUUGGUUUUAAUUUAUGGCGAAUGUCAAGGUAAUGAACGCCUGACUGCUUUAACGUAUGCCGAACGAUACCCAGAAAGAUACCAUCCACCUUCUAAUUAUGUCUUACGACUUUUACAAGGGUUAAAUCAAGAAGGAAGAUUUCCUGGCACACAAAUAAACCAACAAAGGCGUAGAGCAAAUAUUUUUGGUGACGAUGAAGAAUUACAGGUACUAGCAUACAUAAGGGGUUAUCCACGUUCGUCAAUUAGGCAUGUUGCUCGCGAAGUCCAAAAAAUUCUAAAAAAGCACAAAAUGCACCCAUAUAAAAUCGAUUUGGUCCAACAUUUGCGUGCAGGAGAUUCUAUUCGUAGGUUGGAAUUUAUAGCUUGGUUCAAUUCUAAAUUGUAUGAUAACCCUUUAAUUGUCAAAUUCUUUGGAGUGAUGAAUCAAAAUUCACUAACAAUGGAAUUAUGA